AUGGCCAUCCCCCCAAAAGGAGGUCGACCCAUGACAACCCCCCUGGACGACAUGGUCGAAUUUGCGGAUAACCCGGAACCUCGUUGUGCCUGCCUUCUCUUGCUGGAUGUGUCCGGUUCCAUGACCGGAGACCCGGUCAGGCAGCUAAACGACGGGCUGGCAUAUUUUAAAGAGUGCAUUGAAGGCGACAGCCUGGCUUCCCUCCGGACCGAGGUCGGAGUGGUCUCCUUCAACCAAUUCCCUACGGUGGUGCAUGAUUUUUCCACGGUGGACGGCUUCGUUCCCCCAGCCCUCAAGGCCGAGGGAGGGACCAAAAUAUCCAGCGCUAUCAAUGUGGGCCUGGACAUGGUGGAGGACCGCAAGGCCACCUACCGGGCAAACGGAAUUACCUAUUACCGUCCGUGGGUCUGGCUGAUCUGCGACGGACGUCCCGAACACGAUGACCCCCAGGAGUGGGAGCUGGCGAAAGCCCGGGUGAAGCAGGCCGAAGAUGACAACCAGGUGGCCUUCUUCGUGGUGGGCGUGGAAAACGCGGACAUGGGCGAGCUGGACUCCAUAGGGAACAGGCAGGCCCUGAAGCUGAAGGGCCUGGACUUCAACAGCAUGUUCCAGUGGCUCUCGUCCUCCAUGUCCUCGGUGUCCCAGUCCCAGCCCAGUGAUACGGUCCCCCUGAGCAACCCGGCAGGUUGGGCAGAGGUCUAA